CACCAGGCAGUACAGUUCCAAAUUCAAGAGGGCGCAAGGCUCGUGCUUGCCACUGUCACGGAGUACAACACUAUCGCAACGUACGAUGGGAUAGCCACACGCCAAGCUUGGCGGCCAUCUUGCUUUCUCUUCGCACUGACAAUGGCGUAAAAUUAUUGUGCAAUUUCGGAUUAGUUUCAAACUUUAGAAGCCUUGCAAAAUGGGGGACAUGGAAAUUGUUAGACAGUUCAAUAGCGAAGUAUGUAUAUCAUUAUUUAAGCUUGCCCUUGCUUGACUAAUGUUGUUUAACACGUUGUUAGGAGGACGUGUUUGUGUUAAUGCUUCGUCGAAAGUAUAUGCUUCGAUCUUUUUUCAGCUGUCAACAAUCUAUGAAACCAAGCCACCUAUCUCGAAAGCGAAGGUAGCUUCAGUUACCAGGCUUGCUGUUAAAGCCAUCAAGGUAGAUUUUGUCCUUCGAUAAACUUGUUUUUGCGGAAAAAAGUGGAUUUUCGCGAGGGUCCAAGUUCUAAUCAUUGUGGUCUCAUUGCAGUAUUACAAGCACGUGGUGCAAAGCAUCGAAAAAUUUGCACAGAAGGUCAGUUGAAAAUAUUAUUUGACUGAAGCGAUGUUGUACAUUUUGAUUAGUAGAAGGGAUUGUGUUUAACUUGAAAAGAAACUCGUUGGGUAACUUUCGUCAUGUCCUGUUUUCAGUGCCGACAAGAGUACAAGAUUCCGGCUCUUUACGUAAUUGAUUCGGUGAUAAGGCAAUCCAGACAUCAGGUAAUGGUUGAUCUUAAUAUACUGAUUAAGGAGAUCUUCGUUAUAAAAUCAAGCAACGUUUGUGUAUGUGUAUAUUGUGAUAGAUAUUUACAGAAGGCUUGUGUUGUAGGUUUUAUAUUAUGCAAAUUAUUGUGCGAAUUUUAUCAUACUUAGAUUUCAUUUGUUCAAGAGCAUAAUAUACUACUUCCCUUCCUCUUCCUACCUAUCUUUGUCUUACUUCCUGCACUAGUAAUAACAUCAAUGAGUUAAAAUUCUGCUCUGGCCAUGUGGUGAUUUUACAAUAUGCAAGCUAAAACCAGCUAACUUUUUCUUUCUUCACCAUUGGUUAAUAUUCAGAAGUGGCCUUUCUGGAUACUGCUUAUAAAAAUAGACCCUCCCACUUGUUAGAGCAUGGCGGCUUUUCCAAAUGCUAGAAGGCUUCGGGGGGCAGAGAGGUGAUGACAAUAACACUGUGUUACCCCUGGUAGGGUAGAUGUAUUUUUUAGAAUUACAGUAGCAUCCCGAUUUCUUGAAUCCUCAGUUUUUCAAAGCAAAUUGUGUUAAGGUUGGAAGGGGUUCAUAUCCAGUAAAAACUCUGUUAAGGUACGUGGACAUGAAACUCACCCCUUGUCUGUUAAUUUGUGUGACAUUAGCUUAAGCUUCCCUAUGAACUUCAAAAUGUAUUUUAGUUAUUUUGGUUAAUUUUGUUUCAGUUUGGCUCGGAGAAAGAUGUUUAUGGACCAAGAUUUGCAAAGAACCUCACUCUAACAUUUCAGCAUAUCUUUAAAUGUACUCCAGAGGAACAGGUAUUUUUAAAGAUUUUUAUGACUCUACAGUCUGUCUGCCUUGUAAAAAUGCUAAGUUAUUUUAGCUUGGUUCUAAUGAACCUUUCCCACAUUCUGUAGCUCCAGGAGAUUAUAAUCUAUACAUCACCCUCAGAAGAUAUUUUUCUUAGACUCCCCACCCUUCUAGAAAUUCCAAUUAAGCUUUACACAUUUCUUUUAACUUUUUGGGCUUUGAGAUCCCCUCCUCACCCAGGAAUUUCCAAUCCCUUCUGUGGGGUUGUAUGGAGAUUUUCUGAAACUACAUAUUCCACACCAGUGAGCAGGGGCAUAGCAAGAAAAUUUUUACCAAUGAGUGCAAAAAUGUCAUGGCUUUUGUGUGUGUCAAAAUUGGAAAAACUAGCCUGUACAUUUUGUUUUAAAGGAAUGAUUUCAUUGUGGAUCAAAAAUCCACGUUUUGGCAAAACCAUUUGUGAGACCCUGUGUACAUGUCAAAAUACAAUAUGAUCUCGGAAUCAAUCAUUUUUAAAAAUCUCAGCUGGUGUGAGGUUGACUGGUUGGCUGUAAAACUGUUAAUUGCACAUACAACUGGACGUCAUGACAUUAAAUCUGAACUUAAAGCUGCCCUUAAACCAGUCUUAAAAGCAGUGGUCUCAAAUUCUUAAGCCUUUGGUAAGGAGACAGUAGUAACUGUGUUUUAUUAUUAUUAUUAUUACAGGGAAAGGUGAUCAAGGUGCUGAACUUAUGGCAGAAGAGUGGCAUUUAUUCUCCUGAAGUCAUUCAGCCUCUCCUGAAUUUGCCAUCGUCUUUGUCAGAAGGUAAGAAUGAUUUGAAAAAAUGUCUUUAAAAAUGUGACUCUCCACUGAUAAAACUAAUCUUAUGAAGUUUUUCCAUAAGCAUUAAAAAAACAAAAAUAAAUUACCAACACACUGCUUGAAAUCAAUUUUUUUGCUGUGAAUUAAGUAUUUUUACACCGUUUUAACUCUACCACUCUACCUGUCAAAAAUCAUUUCACUCUUUUUAUGAAUUUGAUCAAUUUGAAAACAAAAUUACCGUAAUAAGAGUGAAUACAUGUAUUUUCAUGUCAUGACAUUUAUGAUAAGGAGCUGUACUUUACAGUGGUGAAAUUUAUCAGAUGAUUCCCCUGGAGUUCCCCCUGCUGUUAUGGUUGUAGUGUUUUUUUUGCCUGAUGUUUGAAGGUUGUAUUUUGCACGGUUAUUUUCUCAAUUACAAUGUUUGUUUGUUUAGGCUGGGGAAUGUUUCCACAUGCCAGGGCUUCUGAUAUUUCGUGGAAAAAAAGCAAAAUUUCGCGGAAUUUUCAGGGGCAAAUUCGUGGAAAAAUCGGCCAAUUUUGCGGGAUUUUCGCAGGAGAAAAGUCAAAAUUCACAGAAAAAUCGGCCGAUUUUGAGAGAUUUUCGCGGAAAAAAGUCCAAUUUCCAAGGAUUUUCAGGGGCAAAUUCUUAGAAAAAUUGGCCGAUUUCACAAGAAAAAACAGCCAAUUUCGCUGGAUUUUUGGGGGGAAAUUUCGCUAAAAUCGAUCAAUUUUGCUUCGAUAUGACCAGUGUUGUUUACGUUUUUUUAAUGGGGAUAAUCAUUUGCUCUUUCAACAACAGUUCACUCGAGAAAUGAACGAAUGCUAAAGCUAUUAACAUUAUGGUUAGUGCCCAGUUUUUCGCAACGUUCAUCUAAAAACACCUGGGAGUUUUGGGACGUUGUUUACUCGUUGCAGUGACGAAGUUUCAAGAUAAAUAUGGACGUUUGGGGCGAAUAAAACAGGUCUAAUAGCCAAGAUAAGUAUUAAAUAUGUUUUUGCCAACAUGUAUUUGGAAAUAUUUCUGGCGGAUUUCGUGCUAUUUCGCAUUUUUUUUGGUAAUUUCGCGGAAAUACCUGAAUUUCGUGGGUCCGUGACCACGCAAAAUAUCAGAAGCCCUGAUAUGUACAAGUGCUUGCUUAGGCUCUAGAACCCCACUAUCUUUGUUGGUUUUCUUGUAGUACUACAACAAAAAAAUUUCAUCCUGCUUAUCAGUUUAAAUACGUGUAAUAUCAUGACAAACUACCAGUGUUAAGUUUGCAAAAGUUUUGGGUUUGCUGUCAUCUAGCAGAGUCCCUUUAAAUAAAAAAAAGCUCCCUAAGAUCAAAGAGCCAUUGCCUGCAGGUUAUAUUUAGUUUCAUUACAAAUAACUUUUUGUUUUGUUCAGGAAUGGAGGAAUUUUAAAGCUCUUUAGGUGUAAAUGCUAAGUUUUUUCUAGACGUUUGGUGUUCAGAAGAAUAAACUUCUGUAUUUUCAAGAACUGUUUAUAGAAAAUGCACUACCUCUAUAAGUUUUUAAUACAUUUUGCGUAACUCUGGCUGCACGCUUCUGUAAUUUUUGGAGCUUAUUACUCAAGUAACCACUCAAACAGUCCCAGACGGGGCUGCAGUAAUCAAAAUGAGGCAUAAUUAAAGCGUCAUAAAUUUGUAUUGCAGUUUCUUCGGAUAUAAUGUCCGCACCUAUAGCUUAAGAGACUUUCUUGCAAAUCUCUUCAACGUGUUUACCUCAAGAGAGUUGAGCAUCUAUGGUAAGACCCAAGGAUUUGGUAUGAUCGACUCUCUUGAUAAUUUGGUCAUCAAUUCCGAUUUCUACAUCGUCACAUUGGGCAGAUAGUCUUUGUCUUGAUCCAAUAAUCAUUAGCUCUGUUUUAGCAACAUUUACACUGAGCUUGUUAGCUUUCAGCCAACAGCUAAGGUUAUUUAAUUCCGGGGUUAGAGCUGGCUUAAGCUCUGUUAACGUCUUAACAGAUAACGUAAGAUUGGUGUCAUCGGCAAACAUUCUUGGUACGUUGCCCCGCAGGGAGUUGGGAAGAUCAUUAAUGUAAAUUAAAAAUAGCAAAGGACCCAAUAUGUGGUACAUGUAAGUUUGUCUAUGCACGAUAAGAAUUUAACUUAAAGCGUAAUGGUGUGAUUUAUGAAGGCUGCUUUUUGGGUGUAAUGUCACAAAUAUUUAUGUUUUUAUAGACUAUUUUGAACAUUCCCUUGCAAGCUACAAGGGGUUUUUCUCACAGGGAUUUAAUUAUGUUUUUGUACAUGCUCAUUUCUAACAGCUCAAUUUGUGAUUGUUUAUCCAGGUGAAAUGCCAUCCACUAUGGAUGCUGUUGAGGAACCUACUGAAGUAUUGCCUCAGAGUGUAGAUACAGCAAAUGUGAAUAAUCCCCUUACCUCAGCUCUUGAAGCACAGCGACAGGAACACUUACAACAGAUCCAGCUACUUGAGCAGAAAUUACAAGAGCAACAACGAAUAAAUGAACAGCAGCAGCAGCAGUUACUACAGCAACAGCAAUUUCCAACAAUCCCAGGUAUGCCUGUGGUGUCUGGUAUGCAGUUAGCACCACAAGCUCACCAGCCUGGUUAUGAAGGCCCACAACAAUCUCAGGCUAAUACUGAAAGUGCUGUUGUGGAUGCUACAGAAACUCAAGGAAGCAGGGUUCUUCCAUCAGCAGUAGGGCUACAGCAACAGCAACCCAAGUUUCAACUGCAGCCCGAGGUGUUUGCCCAGAUUCAAGCUCUAACAGGUUAGAAUUUUGGCAGCUAUUUCUCAUGGUUUUGCAUUGUUACUGAAUGUUGCAUCAAGGCUUUGGUCUAAUAAGCCGUCAUAAGGAAUAAUAAGCUUUCCUAGUCUCUCAAAAGCAAAAGUAAGGCUCUGCAUCCUAAAAGAUUAAGAUUGAGGUCAUGUUCUUAAAAAUCUUUUUCUUUUAAUUUAAUUUUUUGGUUGACCGUAAUUGAUGAUGAUCUUUAUUUACAGUUAAGCCAGGUGUGAUUAUUGUUGGCAUAAACUUCUUUGCCAACAGUGUAUUUUUUUUUUUUUGGGGGGGGGGGGGGGGGGGGCCGGGGGUUUUUUUUUUUGGGAAAAUAUUUUGGGGUGGGGGGGGCUUGUUUUUUUGUUUUUUAAAGGGCAUGUUAGAAUAAUUUUUUUUUUUCUUUUGUUUAUAUAUAUGAGUUGUUUGGUUUUUGUGAGUGUAGUCUUUUUUGUGGAAUGUUUUUUUUUUUUUGGUGGGGGGGGGGGGGGGGGGGUCGCUGGUAUAUCUAUAUGGGAAGAAUAUUUUGUUGAAGGGUGGCUCAUAUUUUUAGUUCUUAAAGAGGCAUUUCAGGAACAUUUUAGUGCUACUUGGAAACCCAACAUAGGUGUUUGUAUCUGUAACAGGAAAUCUAAACUUGUCACCUAGAACAGGGCUGAUAUCAGUUAUAUUAAACAUGAAGUUUAAAAUGAUAAACACCAUUGUGAUCAAGUUGCAUUUAAUUGCAUUUUCUGCUUGAAGGAAUUGUGUUUAUUUGUUUUGAACUGUAGUCUCAUGUUUGUAAAAUUUUCCAGGUAUGAAUAUACGCAUGCCUAAUCAGGCCAGUGCACCAGACUCUGUGCCAGGACCUCAACAGUCAAAUAGUGUCCAAGGCACUAAUGUUGAAGCAGGUCCACCUCCUGCCAACCAAGGCACAGCGUUUCAUGAUAGUACAAACUAUGGGGCUCCACCUGGUAUGCCUGUGUGGGCUCCUCAUGGGAUAGGACCUACUGGCAUUGCUCCAACACAGCAAGGUUUCCCACAAGAGGAGGAAAGAAGAGCAGUAAGUAGUGAGCUUAGACCAUCAGAUCAUUUUAGUUUUCUGGGAAACUGCCCACAUACCCCCCCCCCCCCCCCCCCAACUCGACAUUAACAAUAACUUCUCACAAAUGUUGGCUUAGGGGUGGGGUAGGUGGGUGGUUUCCCAGAAUCCUACAUUGAUCCAUAGCAUCUUAGUUAUUCUGUGCAUGAAAUGUCUCAGAUAACUUGAGCAGGAUGCACAGGAGCUGGUUGUCUUGUCGUAAUAAUAAUAAUUGUUUCUCCAUUCAGGGCUCAAAAUAACGGACAGCAGGUCACCGGUCCUGAUGGCCGGCCAAAUAAUUUUUAGCCUGGACAAACCCCGAUUUUGGCCAGUCAAAUAAAGAAUACUAUAACAUUUUUUUUUGCCUAUGGAGUAUCGAAUUAUGCUGGAGGUUGGUGAAAAAUUCAUUCACAUGUUCUUGAGUUCCUUUCCACGGUUUUCGUCCUUUUUCAUGUCCGUUAUACCUUGAGUAUCAUGGCGGUGUCUGAAAAUCCCCGAGGUUCAUCCCAUAUCUGCAUAUCGGUGAAACGUGAUCUUUUUCGUUGUCCGGCAUGUGAUCGAAAGUCUCCUCCACAAAGAAGAACAACGCUAAAUAUUUUGGUGAAGAAGCUGAUUUGGGGGGAAAGCUGUUGCACAAACAGAGUGUUUAUCAUCAGAAGUCAAUAAAUAUACAGCUUUCGUUUGGGUCGUUCAUAACACUUUACCGCGAAGUGCUUAUUAAUGUCAACAGAAAUUUGCAGAAAGCUGUUUACAAGAAGGAGGGAUAGACAAUGUUCGUUCUCGAUUAGCUUAAAUUUUUAUCAGACUAUUCUGGAAUCGAGUCUGCAAACGAGAUUCAUGUUUGAUAUAAAGAAAUUAUUAUAAAAUCGAUGCGCUAAAAUUUAUUUUUCGGAGAAACAGUAGCAGACGAGUUGUUGAGAAUUGUGAUCGCUUUGCCCCAAUUCCGUCGAAGAUGAUUUUCACAAUCCUGUUACAAGUAGAUGUGAAACGUUAGAUGGACAAAACUGUUAGCUAUCCUUUAGUUUUCUAACGGAUAACAGAUUAUUGUUAGUGCGUUUUUUCCCAAAGACAGUCACACUAUUGAUUUUAGCACAAGCAGAAAGUGCAGUAUAACCUGCUGCAUCGUUGCAUCACUCCACAACUCGGUUUGUUGUUGUUUUGCCUUGUUGCAUUUCAUUACGACAUAAAAUUUAUUGCAGCGUUCUUUUUUUCUUUAAAGGUUUUAGUGCAAAGCAUCCCAAAAAAAUAAGCCAAAGAUAAAAGAAAUCACUGCAGCAUUAUAGACCAAAACACAUUAAGCGACAACUAUAUGGAAAAUGUUAUAAAAUGUUCGUAUCCAAAACUGACCGGUCAAAAUGACCGGCGAGACGAGAGUUUGACCAGUCAAGCCCACGAUCAGGCCGGACAUUGUCCGUUGACCGGUCAUUAUUUUGAGCCCUGCCAUUUCUGAUUGGUUUGAAUUCCCUGGCCAGAUUUUCAUGACCAACUACACUGACCAAAUUUAGAAGGCUUUUUCUUUUUUGUGGUAAUGGAUAUCAGUUGUCAAAUAAUAGCCAUGUAUGUCAUGCCUAGACAGCAGCAAUGCAGUCCAGCUGUUUUGACGGUGCAGGACUGAGCAAAUUGGCAGAAGGUUUCACAGCAUGCAAGUACAAAAUAGCUGAUCUACUUACUUAGGGUAAUCAGUAUAACAACCCCUUUCACUGUUCACUAAAAUAUCAAACACAAAAUGUAGAGUCUAGGCACUAAGAUGUGGAAUGACAAUGCAGGGCAAGGCAUGUGCAGGAAAAUUCCUAGUAGGUGCUACCCUAACAUGUGAUUGUUUUUGUUUAGUCUGUUAUAGAUGAUUUUGAUUAUGGAGAUGAUGACGAUGAUGCAUCAAGAAUAGCAGAGCAAAGACGGCAUUUGAUGGAAGAGGAAAGAAGACUAAGUCAAGAGUCAGUAAAUGAAAUUUAGAUGUAAUAGACUUUGAAGGCACUUAUGUAUACUUGCUUAUUCUAAAACAUGCUAAAAAUAACAAAAAAAAUACGCCACAUCUGGCUGGAGAAAAGCUCUCUCGUUGGCAAACUCUGGGCUGUCAUAUCAAGCAAAAAAAUGCUGAUAGAGAGCUGAUUUGGAUUGUAAUCCAUUUAGAUGUUUAAGCGAGUGAGAUCUUGACCAUGUUGUUCAUCAAUAACUGGGUAGGAAGUGAAAACAUCUAGAGCUUGUCACUGGGCAUGUAGGGAAGCCGGGGUGGCACAGUGUUGUCUCCAACCAUUGUGACCUAGGUUCAAAUCCUGAUGUUGACGUCAUAUGUGGGUUGAGUUUGUUGUUGGUUCUCUCCCUUGUGUGGAGAUGUUAUUUGCUGGGUACUCUGGUUUUCCCUCUUCUAAAAAAAACCCAUUUCCAUAUUCUAAUUAGCUCCAGGACAUGUGGUAGACAGAGAGCCUCUUUGUGGCUGUGCUACUGUAAGAAACAUUUAUUAAUUCUAUCCAUAAAGUUUGUUGUUUCCUGAGCCUGCUACUGUUGGUGGCGUUAUUUUGAACUCAUGGCUAUGAUGGCUCUAGUUCCUUGAUUGAUCAGGCUAGUUUUAUUUUUCCAUUUUUUAAAUUUUCCAGCAAAUUUUACCAUAAUGCCUCAAACUCUCUUUAAAAAAUGGUUGUUGUAAGGCAUUAAAAUAAAACUGAUCAAUGUGCCCUAAAUCAAAUUGUAAGUUACUGUUUCUUAUGUCUACAACACCAGUGUAGUGGUAAAAAUCAUAAAUGAAAUUUAUACAACGCUGGUUAUUAAUAUUGCAGAUCCAAUCCUCGUCUGGUUGAGAUGCAAGGUGAAUUCCAGAACACUUUCAGAUCAGUUGGUGAACUGCCUCAAAGACACCCUGACCCUGCUGGUAUGAUUACAGCAAAUUCCAAAACUCAAAGCAAAAAAACUUCUAAGCAGUUUGAAUAUUUUCUUUGAAUAGCUCAAACUUCAUCAGUGAUGUAAUAUGAAUGAGAUUUGGUUGAAUGGCCAGGACGUACAGUCCCUCAUCCCUACUGCAAACGUUUUUUGCCUUGAUUUUUGAAAUAGACCUGUUUGGCACAUAUGAUUUGUUUUGCCAUUGCAGACCAUGUGAUGUUACCCCUGGUAACUGUUUGUUUCAAAAGUUUUGCUAUCAGCAUGUAUACGAGUGCAUAACUAAUGAAAAGACAAAGGCUCAUUCACCUGAGAAUAUCAUGUGGUCUGAAUUGGGAAAAAAAACCUACAAGCUGAAAAGGUGUAUUUCAAUGUUGUUCCUGUUAUGUCUUCACCAUAGCAGAAGGACAACCUUUUGGUUCACAUUUCGUUAAUAGUUUAAUUUCCUGCUUCCAGAGAAUGCACUUAAAGUACAAGCACCACUGCAUAGUACUACUAAUUAGAGACCGUGUGUGAAAUUUCAUCACUACACAGUAUCAAAGUCGCGAUUUAUUUGUAAUCAUUUUUAGGUCCUUUUGGCAGACGAUCGCCAGAUCAACACCAGAGGGAAAGAUCCCCUGGUGACCGUUACCAUAAAUCCAGGUCCCCAAGAAGGAGAAGCAGAAGUCCAAGGUGGAGAGAUCGCUCGCCUCGACGUCGAUCACGCUCACCCUAUGGAAGAGACCGAGACAGAGAUAGAGAUAGAGACAGGGACAGGGGGCGGAAUCGUGAUCGAGAUAGGGACUGGCACAAGGAUCGAGAUUCUGAUCGAGAUAGAGAUAAGGACAGAGGGAGAGGCAGUGAUAGAGAGACUGAGAAAAGACAUGAUUGGAUUCCGGUACCAAAGAAGGAGACUUUGAGUGGUAGGUGUUCUUAAUGUGUAUUUUUACCUGUCAACAUAUAUAAUCUUGUCAGUGACAAGUUUCAAAAUUUUCUUCUACUCCCACAACAGGCCUGUAGGCUAGGGUGGGUCAAUGGGUUUGUAUGAUCCCCAUACUGCCAGAAGAGGUCUGCUGACAGGUUUUAAGUUUACUCAUCUCAUUUCUAUUAAUUUGUAUCCAACUCAAACUACAUAUGAUUUCCAAUACUUUCCAGUCCUCUGCUUUUGAUUAAACUAUUUUUAUAGCAUGGCCUUACAUACAUUACAUGUAUUCGUUAUUUAACAAAAAAAUCAACAAGGAAAUGUCUAAUAAUAAUUGUGCUUUCAAACACAAAUGACAAGAGAGUUUGGGAAUAACAAAUGGGGGCUUUUUUUUUGGGAGUUGUAAACUGAUGGGAACCGAGUUGAAUUAAGAUAAAACUCGUGCACCUAACUAGAGGGAGGGAGAUUGGGAAAAGUUUCUAGUUGACUUGAGAUUACUUAGGUGAUGAUUAACACAACAAGAGCUGUUUGGUCUGUUAAAAGAGAAAAAGAACCUAGCCAAACCAAAACCAGGCUGCAGGCCUGCACAACAACAUGUUCAAGAUAAGUUCUCCUUGCUUUUGAAACUGUAAAUGUGGUCAAAGGGUGUAGCCAUUCAAAUAAAGUUGAGAUUCUUCAUGAAUUUUGAUUUAGGGGACAAUCUGAGGUGAUUUGAUGGAUGUAUCAUCAAUCAUUCAUUUUUUUUAUUGUUGUGCUUAAGUUUGCAGUACCACAAUCUGGGUUGGACAUUUGGGAAAAUCAGUCACAAAGGAAAAUCUACUUGAAAUGUUUGAGGAUCAUAAGCUGCCAGUUUCAUCUAUUGAUGUAUGUAUUUAGGGGUUUCAAUUCUCUAAAGGCCCACAUUUGCCUAGUUGUUAACUUAUAUGCAGACUGCAGACAUUGUUUUCUGUUUCUUUUUGAAAGUCGACAAGCAGGCGAACAAAGUGAGGAUGGAGCAUGAGAAAAAUAAAAAGAAAGAUCCCCUUUACUAGUAGUCAUUUAAUCCCCUGCAGUUUUUAUUCUCAUAUGUGUGCUCAACAAUCUCUAAAGAGGAAAUAGAGUCUGUUAACAGGCUAUCUAGAUGUACCCUUUCAUAAGAAAAUCCUACACUUACCAAAGAAUUAGAGAGAACAGUUAAACAUUUAAAAGUUUUAAAACAAAUGGUCAUAAAGCAUAUCAGAAUGAUGAAUGUACAGCGUAGGCUCCCUAACUGUGGCACAAAAGAAAGAUUUUUAAAACAGUAACAAGUCCACUGUUUUGUUGGCUUGGAAUGUGAUGAUAACGAAGAGACGGGCGGUCAGAAAGAAGUUUGCAGUUUUGUGGACUUGAUGUUGAUUGUCUCUUAGUUUCUGAUUCCAGCAUCUUGCUUGUUAAACCUCUUGUUUACCUUUUUGCCAAGGAUAGAUAGACUGUUCACUGUCCCCUAUUUUUUGGUAAGAUUGUCGAGAUCGAGCACUUUACAUAGCAGGCACUUAUCUUGGUCUCAAGUGUUUUGAGUCUAGCCUGGGGAUGAGUGUCCAGUCCACUUAGUGGUCAGGGGAUGGUUUGGGAGGAGGUGCCACCCCCCGACUUCUAUAAACUGCAACACCGAUCCCCUCAGUACUUAUUGAAUCAAUAUGGCUGCCCAUACUGGUAAGCCUGCAAUCCUGAUGAUCUUACAAAAACAUACUGUAGGGGACUGUGAGCAGUGUCCAUCAAGGAAGGUUGUUGUUGCUUGAAUGUGACAAGAAGACAUCAGAAUGUCAGAACACUUCUGAAGUAUUGCCAGAAAACAACUUGUAGCAUGCAUAAUACUCUCUUGUUGUUACAUGACAGAAAAAGUAUGGAACUUGCUACAAAAUAGUUUUUCAUCAGUUACUAGCUACAGUUCUUCAAAACUAAUGUUAUACACAUUUAUGUUUAAAACUUGUCCUUGUCCUUGCUGGGCUCUCAUAUCAGCCAUUCUUGUGUAUAGCCCAGUUUUAAUACCUUUAAAGAUAAUUUUAGACUAUUAGGUAUUCGUUAUGAUUUUCAGAACAUAUAUUUUCAUCUCUUCAUUAUAUUAAUAUAAUAUUUUAUUUGUAUUUGAGCUUACCUGCAAGAUAGCUGUUAAGUUACAUGUGAACUCUCGUGAAAAAAAGUGCCAUGUUUUGUAUGAACUAAUGAUAGCUGGUGAAUGUUGUUAUGUUGGGUGCUUACAGAGAGAAAAAAAUAUAGUGAAACCUGGAUAUGACAAAGUGCCAAGGGAUUGUGAAAAUUUGUUCGCUUUAACAAGGUGUCGUUAUAUCAUUGUUCUUUUUCUUAUAUUUUACUAUUAGUGGGGCAAAGACAAUUGUUUGUUACAGUGAAGCCUUUGUUAUGUAGAGGUUUGUUAUAUCGAGGUUCCACUGUAAUUACAUAUACUGACACAGUUUUUGUCUUAUAAUAGAUGGUUCCCCCUAGAGGAUGUGCAUAUGUUGUCAUGGAACACAGAAAGGAAGCUUCAAGGGGGCUAGUUGUUCUUAAAAAUACAAGGAUGUAUAAUAAUACUCUCAAGGUUUGUAGUAAUUUCUGUUGUUAUAUCUUUUGAAGCAGCUUAAGCCUUAGAAUGUGUGUUGUUUCUCACUGAUCGAUUUUUUCAAUGCACGUAUCGGAUCAGUACUUGAAUAUGCCUGUCACUUGUUUCACACUAGUCUGCCCUGCCCACCUAUCUGACCAAAUUGAAGGGGGUCAAGAGCAAAGAGGAUUACGUAUGUGAUAUGCUUACGCCAUUAAAGGGGCCGUGUUACGGCAGUCCAGUUCAUUUUGUUUAAUUUUGCCAAUUACUUGCCCUCAAUUGCUAUGGAACUUAAAGUAAGCAAAGAAAUUACAUGUAAAUGACAAAAUCAGAGAUCCGAGACAAACAAAUAUGUGUCCUGAGCAUAAUUUUUGAAGUUGCAAGCAGCAGGGAUCAACUUUGAAAAACUGUUAGGCUGAACAGUUUUCAAAAAAACCAUAGUUUCAAUCCGUUUCAGUCUUCUUCAGUUUUGCCCAUCUGUGGCAUCUGUUGUUUCUGUUGUGUUACUUUAACCUUUCUUUGAUGUUUUAAGUGGUUUUUUUUUUGUUUCUCUUAAUUUAACGGGCAUUUUGUAAUUACCUAAUUGGGCUGAAUUUCGUGACACAGCUCCUUUAAUUUUCUCCUAACGUUCUCAAUACACAAUCAAGAGAAAAGGUUAUAAGAAAAAAUAAAAUGAUCACCAAAGAGUAGGCGCUUUGAUCCUUUAUCAAAUUCUCUUGACUCAGGGGCCAUGAGGGUGAGAGGAAUAAUUGUUUAAGUAAAAUCCAACUAGUUGGUAAGAAAUAUCGAGACAAAACAACUUUAGCCAGCAAAACGCGAUUCACCUGUCAUUGUUUUGGUUUUCAAAGCCUGCGUUUUUUGCUACUAGUGGGCUAUAACAUAUAGCCUAGUAGCAGCUCAACCACUGAGAACGCAGCAUUGAUAAUAGACCACAAGUUGGAUUUUACUAAAGCAGUAAUAGCUGUACUCUCAGGAUCAAUUACGCGUAGUACAACACCCAUAUUGCGCCUAUUCCUUUUUUUUCGAAUUGCCUAUAAUACCCUUUGUUUACCCUCCAAAUUUUUGUGCAUUUUGAGACGAUUGUAAAUGCCAGGACGAAUUGAAAGCAGUGGUGAUGCAAAAUGUUGGGAUUCAAACAAAUUCCGAAUUCUAAAAUAUUAAAGAAUGUUAUUUUAUUGGUUGAGCACCAUAAGUGAACAGUUGAUGUCUUUUUUACAGUUGGCCUGGGCACCAGGAAAGGGAGUGAAAGGAAAGGAGUACAAGGAAUAUUUUGACACCGAACAAGGCGUGGCUUACAUUCCAUGGAAAAAGCUUGGAAAUGGUGUGGACUUUCAGGCACUGAGUGAUGGAGGCUGGAUUGAUCCAGAAACUCUUCCGCCUGGCACACAGAACACAUCUAAAGAGGGUCAGUUUUAUUUUGCUGCUUUCCUCGGUCAGCUACUGCAUCGUUUAAGUUUUAACGUAUCUUUGAAGAAAUUUCACCUCAAGUGUCUAAUUUUCAAUGUAAGAUGGCUAUACUGCUAAAACCUUUCAUUCAGAGUCGAACAGAAUUAAAAUUGUCUUGCAAAUCAUGUUUGAGUGGUAAAGUUUUCGUUUUGCGGUCAUGUCUAUGCGUUUCGCCUGGCUUGAGUGCUGACUUACGGUUGACUCAAAAUUGUGGGGAAGUUCAAAGAAAAGUUUGCAACAUGUUGUGGCAUUAGUCAGUUACUCAAACCGGUUAUGCACUCUUCUUAGUUCUUGAAAAGUGAUAAAUGAAUUGAAAAAUACAAACGUCAUGUGUGGUUGUCUCGUUCUGGUUUAUCAUUACAGUAAUAUCUGGACUUUUGAUAUUUCACUUUCAGGUUCAGAGGCUGGCAGUACAGACACAAGUAAUACUAAGGAUGAAAAGGAUCUUGGAACCAUGAGCCAGGAAGAGCUUAUGAAGCUUGCAGCUGCACAAGCAAGCACUGAAGGAAAGGCCUCGGAGCAAGGCCCACCUGUAAACCCGUUAAGCCAGCCCCCUCCUCUUGCACCUCCUCCUGGGCCCCACAUGUUUCCAGGGCCCCAUCCAAUGGUACCUCCUCCAAUGAUGAUUCAGCCUCCAUUCCCAGGAGCCCCAGUGCCGCCCAAUAUGGUGCCUCCGCCGAACAUGGCGGGAGUUCCGCCUCCAAAUAUAGCAGGGCCUCCCCUCCAUCAAUUCAAUCCACCUGGAGCCCCUCCUGGUAGUGUCCCCAAUGGACCACAUGGGCCGCCACCACCAAAUCUUGCCAGACCUCCCGAAGGGAGCCAGUUUCCACCAGAUAACAGCCAGUUUCCUCCUUCCAGCUUGCCUCAGGAGGGAGGGCAGUUUCCACCGCGGUUUCCAAACCGACCACAGGACGGUGCUCAGUUUCCUCCUCACGAUAGCAAGUUUCCACCUGUUAAACCGGAAGAAGGAGGGCAGUUCCCUCCACAUCACCCAAUUGAUGAAGCUCACCUGCCACCUCAUCAACCAGUUGACCAGUUCCCUCCACACCAUCCCAGUAGAGAGGGACCGUUCCCUCCACACCACCCUACAAGACAUCACGAAGGCGGACAAUUUCCUCCUCCUCCUCCUGGUAGAUUUCAAGGAGGACACUUCCCACCAAUGCAUCAUGGACCUCCCCCGUUUCACCAGAGACCGCCCCACCAUAUGAGAAUGCCACCCUUCCAUCCGGGAGGACCAAGGUUCCCUCAUGACAUACCGCCUCUUAUGCCCGGUGGAGGGCCUCCACGUGGACCCGACUUUGGACCUCCUCCGUGGGGUCCAGGACCUGGUCCUAUGAGGGGCCCACCUCCUCACAGCAUCCCCUCAUCUGGCUGGCCAGACAAUCGACCACCUGAAGACGUGCGCAGUCUUGAGGAACGGGAUAAUCAGGGUCAGGAAGAAAGACCCGGAGAAAGACCUGGAGACAAGAGCAUAAUUGACAAAGGAAACCCUAUGGAGCAGGCGGAGGCCGAAAGAGACUUUCCUGGAAGACAGAGAAGGGAACAAGACGAUGGAGAACGCGAUCGUGUUCGUGAUCAAGUCUGGGAGCGUGUACGUGACCGGGAUGAUCGUGGCCGAGAACGUGACGAUCGCGCUCGAAAUCGAGAUCGCGAUGAUCGUUUCCGAAAUCGCGAUCGUGGUCGAGAUCGUGAACGAGACCGUGAUCGUGGUCGAGAUCGAGAUCGGGAUAGGGAUUGGGAUUGGGAUCGGGAUCGAGGUGAUAGACGUCGUGAACGUGAGAACUACCGGCCACGAGAGUUCAAUGGUGAAAGAGAUGGUCCAAGAGAUGCUUCUCGGGAUGGUCCGAGAAGGAGGAGCAGGUUUGAACCACUGGAGGAAAAACCUGUACCCAACCCGUCAGAGCCAAUACUAAACAUUGUAAAUGUAAGAAAAGAAGAACGAUCCAGCGAGAUUACAACUUCUAUUGCUACUCAAAACUCUCAAAGUGAACUUGCACCAAGAGAGGAGGGCGAAAUUGUUGAAGGAAAUGAAAGUGAAUCUAUGAACGUUGCUGUUGAAAAUGAAACUGCUGGCAAUCCCAAGGAUAAUGGAGUUACAAACAUUACUAUUGCCACUGAUACUCCUAACAGUUCUGUCGGCAGCGAAGCUGCUAAUGUUGCCCAUCAUAAUAAAGUCAUGGCCAUACCAAUGGAUAAUGAGGCUGUUAAUGUUCCGGGGGAUAAUUGUAACUUUUCCAAGGACAAUGAUCACGCAGAAAACGUUUCUCUUAAAGAAAACAAUUUGUCUUCAGUGCAGAGUGAUGAUGCGUCUUUAAAGUUGUCGAACCAAGGGAUAAAAGUCGAUGGCGAAACUGAGCAAGGUUCUAGCUGA